AUGAAGAAGAGCAAUUCUACAUCUCUUGGUUUAAAAGUAACAUACCCUAAGCGCAGAGAUGCGAUCGUGAAGAAAGCCACAGAGCUAUCUGUUCUAUGUGGCACAGAUGUUAGUCUCAUUUUGUUCUCCCCCAAGGGAAAAUUGACUAGCUUUGCUACCCACGGAAGGUUUGUGUUGCCAUGGGAUCCUUCCUGCAUUUACUCUUUUUUUGUUUCUUUUUUUUGUCACGCUCUUUUUUGGUGUUGGAUGAUACAUUGCUAG